ACUCCAGCCUCUUCCCCCCUCCAUCUGGCAGGAGGGACCGAGAGAGAUAGAGAGGGGACCAGAGUGCCAGAGUGCGCGUGUAUCCACAGGGUUUAGAAUCGGAGGCAAAGCCAGCAUCCCUCCCUCAGUCAGAGACUGUCGUCACGGCGACAGGAGGUGUCUGUUCCACGGCCGAGAGACGGAAUACGAGGCGGAACCGGCAGCUAGUGGUCGCCGCAGCAACAAGAGCAUCCGAGGACUUCCAGGAGUCCAUGCAGGAGCAGAGAAGCCAAGGCUGCCGGGGGCUCGAAAAGAGGGGACCCGGGGUAAAUCUUUCAUCCACCACCUCCUCCCUCACUCCUCCUCCGCUGCUGCUUCACUUUCUCUCUGAAGGACGGCUCUGAAUGAACUCUCCUUCUUACGGUGGGCGAGUGUGGCUGGAUGGACACUGAAGGGAAAGACAUAAUACAGUGGGAUUGUGUGUGGGAACGGGAGAGAGAGAAGUAGGGGUGAUUGGGAGGAAGACGGCGUGUGUGAGAGAGAUGGUGACUGACGCCGCAACAAAACGGGAAAGAUGAUCCGAGCUCAGCCGAGCCGAAAUCUGUAUUCCCGUUGUUCCUCAGGAGGGAGUAAAGGCAAACCUGCAUGCACUUUCUACCACUGACCAGGCGAGAGGUGAGAGCGAGAAAGAGUGCCAGAGACCCCUGUUUUAUAAAAUGUAUUUCCACGGGGGCUGGUGUGAUUCAAUUUGGUGUUGUGUCAGAUUGUCUCUUUUGGCAGCGGUUUGAAGGGUCAAGUUAUCCUCUUUUAUUCCCUUCCAAUUCUUCCUGGAGCAAAAGACAUGGAAUUUACCUUCUCUGAUGGCUUUUGAAGAACGCCACGCUAUUCUAAAAGGGUAACAACUGGAUUUCACCCGACAUCAAAGGGAACUAGAUUGAGAUUCAUCUCUGUCUCUAUUUCCAUUUAAUGAAAUGGGUGAGAAAUGUCUCUCUGACCUGGAGAAAAGGAUGCGCCAUUCCGUCUGAAACCCCGUGGGGGAUUACAUGUGAAACGUUCAUCAUAACACUUAUUAUCCCGUUCAAGGAAACGCAAAGUUGGAAUAUUUCACCUUUUGGUUUUACUUUUUUUACUCCGAACACAAGACAAAAAGACAAAACGUUGCAGAUUUAAAACAAAGAAGCACUUCAGUCUACUCUGACAGAAAGGCAACUUUGGGAGUUUCCUUUUUUGUCCUGGAUUGGAUUUUACAAGAGUUAGCAGUGGAUCAGUCGCUCAUACAACCCUCCUAGCCAUGUCUUCAUGGAAGAGAAGAAUUCUGCAUCAUAGACAACUGCUUUCCAUCCAAAGUUACCCCUAAGGACUCACACAUGCACACUAAACACAUGCUAGGGUGAAAUGAGCCACGCUUCUUGCACAUUUCACUUCUUCAUCCUGGAGUUCGGUGUGUAUUCUUGGAUCUAACAGCCUAACCAUCCUUCAAUGAUUCCAGCACCUUCUGUUCCAUCCGCGUCUGUCCCAAGAUGCCCCGCCGUACACAGCAAGAGGAGGCUUGACCCCAGACCCAGCGAGGUCUCUCGACUGCCCGGGCAUAUUUAAGAUGUUGAACCCUUCCUGCGUGGCCCGAGCCCCAGAUCGGAUCAGUAGCACUGCGGCUCCUGGAGGCCCCAGACAUGGAUCGUGGCUCGGCUCGCCCCUGCCCUCAGCGCUCCGCACCCCGGCCCGUGAGCAGCCUGUGAAGGAUGUCCCAGAGCGGAGCUCCAGCCCGGGAACCCUCUGAGACCCCCAGUCAGAGAGAACAGAUCCGCAGCCACAUGAAGAUGGUGAUCAAGCAGCUGGAAGGAAUCCUCAAGGAGCUGAAAGAUGUGGCACAUGAACUGCGGGAGGUUGUGGGUCAGAUCGACAAACUCACAUCAGAUUUUGACUUCGACCUGGAGCCCGACGACUGGACGGUGGCGACGGCGAGCAGCACAUCGAGCAGCGAGCGUGGCUUGGGUGAGGCUUUCAGACUGGACUUCCUCAGCCAAGACAUGCUCUCCGACGGCUGGGACUUCUGCAACUUCCUAGAGGCCUCCAACCGGAAAGCACAGCGAGAGGAGACAGACGAGGGCCAGGGGAGGCCGUCAUCAUCCACCGCCAGCGUCUACUCACAGAUGAACGGGGGCCUCCCUAUCCCCAACGGGCCCCUAAUCAUCACCCCGGACUCCUCCAGCGAAGAGGCAUCCAGCUCCACGCACAGCCAGAAAACCUCCCGCACAUCCGGCACCAGAGAACGCGUCCGCUUCAGCGACAAGAUCCUCUACCACGCCUUGUGCUGCGACGACGACGAAGACGAGGAGGACGACGAUAAAGGGGACUGCGCGACCCCGGACACAGACAGCGAGCCCAGUCCCCUGGCCUGUUCGCCGGUACCGUCCUCCUCUGAACACCCGCCGGGCCUCUACAACUGCAGGGAGACGGCGUCUGCGGGCCCCUCGCCCGUGAAGGCACCGGUGGUGGGCUCGCACACGCUACCCAGGAAAGGUCUUCUCAACACGGGCUGCCGGAAAAAACUGCUACGGAACAGCAGCACACAGACGGUUUCGGAUAAGAGCACUCAGACUGUACUGCCCUACGUCCCCGCCAAACAGAAAAACAAGGACCUCUGAGAGAACAGGCGACUUUACAUAUACAAAACACCUGCGGACUGAGACAGGAUUACAAAGAACUGUAUACUAUUUAAUAUUAAAUACAUAGCUAAUAGAUAAAA